CCUUCUGCCCUGUUCCCACCACUGCUCCCUCCCUUCAGUGUAGUCUAAACUGGGGAGCCCUGGCCUUCUGUGUCCUGAAAGAGAUGGUAUUGCAGACUCCGGACACUGGAUUCUGUUUCUCUUUCCUUCCUGGAACAACAUCACACACCUGGCCACGCCCACACCUGCUCACCGACCUGGCUCAGGAAUUGGCUCCACCUCCUGGUGCCUCUUAUGGGUGCAUUUUCGUUUCCCUUCUUCUUCCCCCCACCCCACCCUCUGCUUUGGACACAUCAUCAAGGAUAGCACGUGUAGCCUGCCUUAAAAAGCAGAGCCAUGCAGCUCAGGAGACACUUGGGACUUGAGCAUGGCUACACUGUGGCGGUUGCUGAGUCUGGUGACCGUGGUGCUGGGCUUGGCCACAGCUGCUUCUGUCCCUCCUUCCAAGCCCACUCCAGCCAGAACAGGCUGUCACAUUGGCAUUUUCCAGUCUGUGUCACCAUGGGAGCUAGGCGUCUUCAAGAAAGCCAAGGAUGCUUUGGAAGAAUUGCUGCUUCAGAAGGAUGUCCGGUGUAGCACCAACCCCUUUCCCAGUAGCUGGAAACUGGGCCAGCUGCAGGUCCAGGAGCGCCCCAGGGCCUUGCAGGCUGAGCUGGCCCUGACACUGAAGGUCCUAGAGAACAUGACUGACUCAGCCCUGGUCCCCAUCCUGGACCAGCCUCUUCACACCCUGCGCCACAUCCACUCACAGCUGCAGGCCUGUACACAGCCUCAGCCCACGGCAGAGCCCAGGCCUGUGAGCGGCCGCCUCUCACGCUGGCUGCACAGACUCCAGGAGGCCCAGAGGAAGGAGACCCCCAGCUGCCUGGAGGCCUCUGUCACUUCCAACCUCUUCCGCCUGCUCACCCGGGACCUGAAGUGUGUGGCCAGCGGAGAUCAGUGUGCCUGAGUACAGAGGCCAUGCACCGAGUGUCCGAGACUCUGCACUCUACAUUCGGCCCCACACCUACCUUAACUUAUUUCCUCUCACCCUUUAUUUAUGAAGCUGCAACACAGGUUGUGUUUAUU